AUGGGCAGGGACACCUUCCGCUGGACCAGGAUGCUGCAAGCCCUGCCCAAGCUGUCCGUGAGUCCUGUGGGUGCUCUGUCCCUGUCAUCAUCCAGCAGGGAGCCCUACAGCAGCACUGCGGACAAACCAGCCAUUCUGCAAUUCCAUGAUCCCUUCUUGCUUACAGGUGUGCAGUGCAAUGGCUGGUCUGUCCACGUCCCAUCUGACGUCACUGGAGAGCUUGGGAGGAUGGUUAUCCUGCCCUGCACCUUCACACACCCCUACAAAACAUUUGACCGCGCCCUCACGGCCAUCUGGAGGAUCAAGGAGCCUUACAACGGCACGGUGAUCUUCAAGUGUGUGAGCCAGAGCAGCAGCGAGCUGUGCAGGACUGCCAUCAGCCACAAGAACAAGUACAAGCUGCUGGGCAACCCCCGGCACAAGGACCUGUCCAUCAGGGUGGACAACCUGACCUGGAGCGACAGCGAGAGGUACUUCUGUCGGGUGGAGCUGGCUGGGGACAGCCAGGACAAGUACGAGAGCAGGAAUGGCAUCAGGCUGCAUGUCAUUGCUGCCCCCAGGAUCAUUAACAUCACGGUCAGCUCCAGCACAGAUCACACCUUCCAGGCCCGCUGCACGGCUGAGGGGGAGCCAGCACCUGCCCUGACCUGGACAGGACCCCUCUACAGCAACCUGAGCUCCAGCAGCAGCUCCAGCCACCGUGUCACCAAGGAGCUGCACUCCCUGACCCACGACGGGAAAUACACCUGCACCGCCGUCAACAGCCACGGCCGGGCAGAGGGGGCUGUCUACUUCUACAAAUUCAGAGCCUCCGACAGCUCCUCCUUCAUGAUCCUGAUCUUCAUCCUGCUGGCAAUCAAGGUGGUCAUUCUGCUGGUGAUCCUGAGCUUCGCUGCUUUCUCCAGAGAAGGUCCCCCCUCUGCUCCACCCAGCCUGGCCAGGUAAGGAUGUCUUGCCUUCUACUCGUGUUAUCCUGCAGGAGAGUGAGGAUGGCCAAGGUGAGAAAUGCAGCAUGUCCUU